GGUCACUCGGAUGUGAGGGAACAAAGAUCCCUCAAAGACCUUUGACCACGAUGCGCCAGCGAUCAUGUCCAGACAAUAGUUUUCCAAGCGUGGUUAUUUAAUUCCCUUCGUCGAAGCUUUUCCAUUCUUCCGCCGGUUUCAGUCUUUGAAAAUCCCUCGAUCGGGCAGCGCGCUCACGACCCUUCUCCCGAAAAUGUCGUCCACGUCCAGAUUCAGCCUCGCCGGCAAAACCGUCGCCAUCACAGGUGGCGGACGAGGCCUGGGUAUCACACUUGCGCUCGCCGUGGUCGAAGCCGGCGGCCACGUCGCCUGUCUCGACAUCCUCCCAGAGCCCGCCGCAGACGAGUGGGAGGCCCUCCAGAAGACGGCAGCCUCCGCACGGGGCGGGCCGCUCGGCUGCUCAUACCACCGGUGCGACGUGACAUCCGAGGCCGAGAUGGAAAAGAUGAUCGACUCCAUCGCGGAGGAGGCGGCAGGCCGGGGCGCCGAGCUGGCGGGGUGCGUGGCCUGCGCGGGGAUACAACAAAAGACGCCGGCGCUCGACUACCCGGCCGCCGACUUUGAGCGGAUCCUCCGGGUCAACGUGACGGGGGUGUUCAUCACGGCCAAGUACGCGGCGCGGGUCAUGGUCCGGCGAGGGGUCAAGGGUAGCAUCGUGCUGAUCGGCAGCAUGAGCGGCGAGAUUGCCAAUCGCGGGCUCACGUGCACCGCCUACAACAGCAGCAAGGCGGCGGUCCAGCAGAUGUGCAGAUCUCUGGCUCAAGAAUGGGGAAAGCAUGGCAUCAGGGUUAACACGUUAUCUCCCGGGUACAUCCGAACCGCCAUGACGGACGAACUGUUGGCAGCAGAACCCUCGUUGGAGGAGACAUGGAUGGCGGGCGCCCUUCUGGGAAGGUUAGGAACGCCCGAGGAUUUCAUGAGCCCCGCCGUGUUUUUGCUGGCGGACGGCAGCUCUUUCAUGACGGGUAGCGACCUGCGCGUUGAUGGAGGGCAUUGCGCGUCGGCUUAGUCGUCAUCCUCAAUUUGCCAUCCAUGGAUAAGUCGAUUCAACUAAUCUAAUUUAUUUGAUUG